AUGCCGGUCGCCGCUGAUCCGCUAAGCGACUACAACUGCAGCUGCACGGUUGACUACUUCGGCGACAAGUGCGAGUUUCAGAGGAGUGUUUGCGACUCGUCACCUUGCCUCAACAACGGCACUUGCAUCGCUGUAAACAGCACUACCGGCUACGUGUGCGACUGCGGCCCGCCGUUUUCCGGCGAAGCGUGCGAAAAUGUCAAAGCGGUGACCACGUUGUCGUCGACGACUGCCGUAUCGACAACAGUGACGACACCGUGGCGUUGCGUGGUUGACUGCCUCGGGAAUGGGACCUGCGUCGGGGGUGAUCAAUGCGACUGUACCGAGCCUUACUUCGGCAAAAACUGCACCUUUGUAAAUACGUGUUUGGCACACCGUCCUUGCGAAAACGGCGCUACUUGUGUCGUUGCCAUGAAUCAAACUGCCGCCGUCGACACCGUCGAGUCUCAGAUGUCGUCGCAACCGACCCUGGUCCCGUACGACUGUAUAUGCGCUGCCGGUUGGAGCGGCAAACACUGCAACGUCGCGGUGGUCACCACCGACGCGUCGUGCCGACAGAGCCCGUGCUUGAACGGCGAACGAUGCUUAGCCAACGGCUCGUAA